AUAAAUAAAUAAGCACACACAAAUAUAGAUAUAUAAGUUUUCAUAACGAGUCCUCCUUUCAUUUUAAAGGCAAAAGAAGACCAAAAAGAAAAAAAGAAGUAACAUAGUUGUAAAUGGCAUCGUUAGAGUCGUCCAACUCUCCUUCAAACCAGUCGUCUUUCACACUAAGAGCAACUACAACAGCCCAAAACAAGUUCCUUAGAAGCACUUCCACCAAAGAAGCCUCCUUCUCGGAGUUCCCCUACACGCCGCCGCGCCGGAGCUCUCCUUCCCUCUCCCAAAGCCUCCAUGCCUCCCCAGUCUCCUCCCCUCUCCGCCCUAUCUCUCCGCCCCCCUCCUCUAAACAAAAUCAGAACCAGACCACUGUUGGAUUGGCCGUGGGCGUGGGCGUGGGCGUUGGCGUGGGGGACCCUCACGCCGCUGCCUACCGGUGCAUCUCGUCGGUCCUCAAAAAGGACGGCCAGAUCUUGUCCAUUGCGGCAUCCAACGGCCUGGUUUACACGGGCUCCGAUACAAACGUCAUAAGGGUGUGGAGGAUUCCGGAGUUUUCCGAGUGCGGGCAGCUGAAGACGAAGGCCAGCAUGGUGGUGGCCUUAGAGGUGUCCCAUGAUAGGGUUUACGCGGCUUAUGGUGAUGCCAAGAUUAGGGUUUGGCAGAGAACUUGGGAUGAUGGGUUGAAGCAUGUUCGGCUAGCUACCAUUCCCAGAACCGGAAACUAUGUCCGGAGCUAUAUUUCCGGCAAGGAUAAGAUGAUGAAGCACAUGGGGCCAAUAACAUCAUUAGCCAUUAACGUCUCAGACGACAUACUAUACUCGGCAUCAGUGGACAAAACCGUUAAAGUAUGGCGAAUCUCGGACCUCAAAUGCAUCGAGACAAUCCAUGCCCACCCGGAGCCCAUCAACGCCAUCAUCGUCGCCGACGACGGGGUUCUCUUCACGGCCUCCGACGACGCCACCGUCAAAGUCUGGCGCCGUAACUUCUGCCCCGGCGACCAGCCCCACUCCCUCACCGUAACCCUCCCUGCCAAGUACUCCCCGGUCAAAGCCUUAACGUUGACCCAGGACGGUGGAAUCCUAUACGGCGGAUGCACCGACGGGUACAUACACUACUGGCUCAAGGGUUGGUACUCGGGUCAGCUCCAGUACGGCGGGGCCCUCCAGGGUCACACACAUGCAGUUAUGUGCUUGGCCAGCGUGGCUAACUAUGUGGUCAGCGGCUCUGCCGACUCCACCAGCCGGGUUUGGGCCCGAGAAGCCGAAAACGGUCAGCACACGUGUUUGGCGGUUUUAGUGGGCCAUAGAGGGCCCGUUAGGUGUGUCACGGCCUUCGCGGGCCGGUUCGGGGAGGAGAGUGACCAGGAUGGUUGUACUAUUUGCACCGGCAGCCUUGACGGCGUGCUUAAAGUGUGGCGCGUGGCGUGUGUGGGCAAUAUUAACCGGUGUUCCACACCAAGUGGGUGUGAGUAUUUUGAGCUCUAAUAAGAGUUUAGCUUUUUGAUGAGUAGUAUACUA